UUUCAUUUAUUUUAUUUCAUUAUUUUAUUACACAUUUAUUGCCCAAUAAUGACUUCCUUAGUAAAAGGAACAAGGAUACAAGGUUAUAUAUAAACAUUUCUUAUCACAUACAUGUAUCUUGAUGAUGGCCAUUGUGGUAAUUAUACAGGGAUUCGUUAUGUAUCCGGAUACUUUCCUUUCAGUGAUUGCAUUCAAAAUCUGUCAGUCCUCGAUUUGAUAAUCAAACACGAACUAUUAUGAUACCAUGUUUCGGGUUACUACAAGUAAAUAUCAACAGCUAUCUCUUCAAAUUGUCAGCAGAGAUCUUCGGAGGAUAGUGGCCAGAACUACAGUGUCCAUUUCCGGGAGUGACAAAGCGAACACGCACCUGUUUAAAUCUUUAACGUUGGACUGUGUCGAUACCAACAAUUACAGAGCUUCAGCCAAGAGUCUUUGGCGACCAGUGGGUUCCAGGUUUGUCUUUGGUGGACAGGUGGUUGGUCAAGCAUUGACAGCAGCGUUCAAUACAGUACAAGAGCCACUUUUACUACACAGUCUUCACUGUUACUUUUUAAGGGGAGGCAGUAAUGAAAAACCAAUUCUGUACAAUGUUGAUCGGACACGUGAUGGCAAGACCUAUUCCAGUCGAAGUAUUAAGGCCACACAAGAUGGUGUUCCAAUUUUCACCAUGCAGGCCUCUUUUAAAGUAGAAGAGACAGACCCACUGGAACAUCAAUUCAAGAUGCCCGUAGUUCCCAAUCCAGAAGAAUUGAUUAGUUCCAAAGAUUAUUUGAAAAAGAUAUUGGAAACCAAGAAAUUGACAGAAUCUCAGAGAUUGCAGCUGAGCGAAUACCUGACACAUUCCAGCUACAUAGAAUUUCGUCCAUUAGACCCACAGGUCUAUCACGGUCAGCAACAAGGAGAACCUCGGCGCUAUGUCUGGGUCAGAGUCAUGGAACAAAUAGGUAAUCAAGAAAAUGCCAUUUUGUACUACGUGGAUCGGACACGUGAUGGCAAGACCUAUUCCAAUCGGAAUAUCAAGGCCACACAAGAUGGUGUUCCCAUAUUCUCCAUGCAGGCCUCUUUCAAAAUAGAUGAGACAGACCCACUGGAACAUCAAUUCACGAUGCCUGUGGUCACUGAGCCAGAAGAUUUAAUUAGUUCCAGAGAUUAUAUGAGAAACAGAUUGAAAACUGAGGAAUUGACAGACGUUGAGAGAAGGCGAUUGACUGAUUACGUAAAUCAACCCUUCUACAUCGAAACACGCCCGGUAGACCCGGAGCUAUAUUUUCGACUGAAACAAGGAGAACCUCGAAGCUAUAUCUGGGUCAGAGCCAUGGAAGAUAUAGGAGAUAACGCCCAUAUUCAGCAGUGUUUGGGAGGGUUUCUUUCCGACUUUGGAAUGGUGUUGUCUGCACGUCAGCCAGCUCCUGUUGAGCACAAAAUAGGGUUCAUUUCAUCGUUAGACCAUAGUAUGUGGUUUCACAAUCCCUUCAGAGCGCAAGAGUGGAUGUUAUGUGAAAUUGAGAGUCCGCAAUGUGGUAAAGGCAAAGCCCUAGCUCUUGGUCGGAUGUGGAGAAGAGACGGCGUCUUAGCAGUGUCCAUGGCACAGGAAGGAGUCAUACGGUCAUCAAUGUGACGUCAUAUCUUGAGAUUAGGACAUGUGCCAAUUUGUCUGAAAGUUGGUUAUAAGUAAUAUUCAAUGUAUUGUGCAUGAAUGUGCUGACUAGAAAAAUAAUUGCAAUGCUUUG